GCCACUAAAUCGGACUUCAGCACCACGACCUUUCUAGGUUGCAGCGGGCAUAAGCCCGCAAUUGCCACUAAGGGCAAUUACCUAUCGUUCGUGGGAUCACCAAUCGGUUUCGCACCAAUCUUUCGCCUUUUGCAUAAUUGGGCUUUUAUCCGGAUUCGUACCCGGGUCCCUUCUGCCAUCCCGCGCGCCAAUGCAUGGCCAGCGGUUGGGCGUACAGCGGCGGCAGCAGUAGUGCGCAGCACGCAGGAGUGGACACACGAGCGGCUGGCUGCAGCACAGCAACGCAUGCAUGAUUACGACCUAGGCGGGCAGUACGCCGCACAGGCACUCGCGCAGGCGCAGGGAGCAGUGCAGCAGCAGCUGCUGCUUUACAACAGCGGCACUGCAGCAGUGACAGCGAAGCUGGUGCUCAUCUCGCCAUUGGCGGUUACCACAGCCGCCCCAGAGGUGCAGGGCGUCUGGCCCGAUGCAGCGAACCCUGGUGCAGAGCCGCCGUACGUGCUUUGCCCGGAGGACUCGCAGCCGACGCCUGAAGACACAGCGCGGUUAUGGAACCUCAGCGAUGACCAGCAGCAGGCGUUCAUGCUGUACGCGCAGCUCCUGCUAGCAGAGGCCGCCGGCGUCCGUCAGCCCCCCGUGUGCUCGGUGCUCACGGGCAAAGCCGGCAGCGGCAAGUCGCGGGUGCUGCAGGCAUUGCUGUGGUUUGCAUAUCAGCACCGCUGCGAGUCUCUCAUUGCCCUCGUGAGCUACACGUGGCGCGCUGCGCUGCAUUUGCCACAGCCACGGCACGUGCCGCUAUAUAGCGGUGCUGCGGAGGAGAGCUUGCGGCAGCUGCUGGCGCCGGGCGCGGGGGACGGCGGGGCCAUGGAGCGCCAGAUCCGGCAGCUGGAGCAUCCGGAGGGCAGCAUGAACCUCAUGGGGCGGGAGCUGUGGAAUAUGGUGCCGUUCGCGUUCGUUCUCACUCACCAGCAUCGGCAGCAAGCAGGCGUAGCUCGUGCAGCUGCAUGCGCUCGCGCAGCGUCAGCAGCUGCUGCUAUGGCGUAGCGCGGACUUGUCGCCGGACGGGAGCAGCUUACCUAUUUCGCAUGUGCAUCAAUUAGAGGCGCUUGGCGGGGCCGAGGAUGAUAGCGGUGUGCCCGCUGUGUGCGCAUUCUUUGCUGGCAUUCGUUACGUGUUUACAUCAAAUGAGCAUGUGCGUCUGUAUCACAUCAACAACAACAGUGCCACAGGCACCGGCAUUGUUCUGCAUCCCAACGAGCCACCAUUGCCAGAUGCAAGCAUUGCCCCCGUGCAUGUCCUCAAGUUCGUGCCCUCGGCUGUAAUGGUGCGCCCCGACGGGCCUGAUGCGGGUCGGGUGUCUGUCGAUCAGGCCCUGGAUGUCGGGGAGAUUCCUGUUUUACCGUGCAGUGCUAUGUUCACAUCGCAGCAUGCAACCCUGCGGUUGCCUGUGAUGCGCUGGGGCUUUCGUGUGGAGCUUGCGUAUGCAGUCACCGAUUACUUUGCGCAGGGGCAAACUCUGCCAGCGCACGAACUGUGGCUGGUGGAUAUGUGCAAACCGCAGCACGGCAGUUGGCGGCGGGCUUCAAUUUACGUAAUGCUCACCAGGUUUCGUGGGUUGCAUGCCUUACAUUUAGUGCGUCCGCUGUGGGCCUCGCGGGCCGAAGAGCGCCGGCUUAAAAAGGCGCUGCGUACCAUGCUAACGCCCGAGGCAGAUCUAGCCGCGGAAUGGCAGCGGCUAUUGAGGCUCUCGCAGAGCACAGCAGUAGCAGUGCCAGGUAUGAUUGUGCGCAUUCAGGCCAGCAUGGCUGCCUCAUAACCAAGGCUUUCAAUGCAUGCAGUAGUGUUUUUAACAUGCGCGAGGUGUACUGACAGAUGACCUGGAAGCGUGGAGUACCUUGUGGGUGGUGAGUGCUGACUGCAAUUUACAGCAGUGACUUUCUUGUUGGUGUUUGGUGUGGUGACCAUCAUGCUUGGCUUCGCUGGCUGGACGUAUGUCACUGAGCUACGUUCGGGUUUAGUUUCUACCUGUCCUGUCUCUGCGUGAAGCCGGGGUAUUGUUUAUCUGCUUGCUUGUCGUGCGUUGGAUUGUUGUGUGUUUACAACAGGUUGAUGUGUGGCGUGGUUAAUCCCUUGCACUUUGAGGAGGUUAUUGUUAGCCAGCUGGUGUUCGCACAGGAGGUUGGUGGUCGAUGAACAGUCGACCGACAGAUGGAUCGCGGGAUUUGUUUUUGGCAUUUACCGCUUGGAUUCUAUUCGCAACGUAGCUCGGAAUACACGCUUAAUAUGCAUAGUUAGAAGACUUCGGGGACGCAAAUCGCUCGGAAAUGGAGGAGGGUCUCAAUAUGCUCGGCUCGCGAUGUCGCGCUCUUGAGCUUGUAUUAUGCACUGUGCGCAAUGCGCGUUCAGCAUGCAUAUUCUUACGAACAACUAGGGACUUGAGUGACGCGGUGUGAAAAUCAGUCGGGGUCUCGACAUGCUUGGCUCGCCAUUUCGCGCUCCCGAGCUCGUUGUGUGUGUUCCGAACAAUGCACGCUCAGAAUUACAUGUUCAAUAUGUCCGUCGCGAUGUUCGAGCUUGAAAACCGACAAGCAUGGUGUAUAGAUACACCUGGUAGCCUGAAUUCCUGUGUUUUUGGUGUAUUUUGUUGAUGUUGCAUCACGCCGUGCCUUGUCACAUUCAUGUUUUUUGUACCGGCGUGGCCUUGUUUGUAAAUUUCGCGGCGCCCUGAUCUUAUCUACUUCUUCGCUGUGAUCUGGCAAAAAAAACUGUUCUUGACGGGAUUCGAACCUGUGACAGCAUCUCACUAAGCGCCAUAAUCAGACCCUCCAGAGGAGGGUGUGCACUGAGUUAGCGAUCCGGUGAUGCAGCCGGGUAUGGGGUGUUUUACACGGGCGGCGCGCUUGGCGUUCCAGGAGAGCCCCCAUCGGUAUUUGAAGGCACAGCGUGCUUCUUCGAACGGGAAGCCAUCAAACAGGUUUAGUCCAUAUCUCGCGUCAAUGUGCUGCCUGGUAGCAUCCCACAGUUCUGCGUAUAAGCCUGCCCUACGUCAGUGUUUCGGACCUUAACCCCCCCUUAACCCCCAGGGGGGGUCACUCUGAGGCAUGGGCCAGUACAGCCCCCCUCACACCCCCCCUUGGGUUACGGGGCCAGGCGGGUAACCCCCUCAUGUGGCUAACUGGGCCAGACGGCACACGGGGGACACGCGCGGUUCAGGGCACCCCCCAACUUAAAGGCCUUAGAGAGCUAUGUUCGGGUGAUCGCUGCACGCUGAAAUUUUGGGAGUAGCUUCCAGGCCAGGCCGUUUGCAACCUUCCGGUCUUGCAGCGGCUCCCCGAGUCAUGUACGGCAGGCGUGUGUGUUUUGUCAUACGGUUUUGACGGGGGGAGGAGGGGUGAACAGGCCGACCCCAUGCCAGGUGCUUCAGAACGGCCCCCCCAUGCUUCCUAUCGCACAUAGACACCUAUAUUGAUAAUUCCACACGCUACGAGCGCGAUUGGGGGCCAGGAUGUGCUCAACAAGGACACUUCCGGGCAGGCAUGCACGCAUGUGUGCAGAGCUGGGUACGUGGGGACGGAGGUCACAGAAAACAGGGCCUGACGCAGCCCUGAAGCUUUACAUAGCACACAUAUGCAUACAAGAUUAUGUUUUGACGACCGCAGCACCGACAGUUGUUGUUUCGACCAGAAUGCUGUAUGCAUGUCCACCGAAUGGUCUUGCCGGCGGGCUACAGCAUCUAAUAUAUGCUAUAUAUGCUCUAUCUAGG